CUAAAACAAACGUACGUAAUUCAUUCAUAACUCUCAGUUUUAAUGGAUCAGCGUAUUUGCGAUGGAAUCGCUGGUGAUUACAACUCCAUGUUUUGCCUGCCGGAAUAGACCAUGAAUAACAACCUGUGCAUUCGUUAUUGCCUGAAGAAAAAAGACCCAUCGAGUCUACCAAAUAACGGGUUGUAGUUGUCUUGCCCAUGAUGUUGGUGUUUUCCACAUUUUUUCUGAGGGGCAACAAAAAGUUCAUAAAGCACCUAACCAAGAGUCAAAGACUGCCUUGUCUGUUUCUUAGAAUGAAAGCUACGUUGCCCCUAACUAACUGCUCCAAGUUGAGUGCACCACAGAGCUUAAUUCUGUCGUUUUACUCUGCCUGGCUAGCUUAUAAGCAGCUGAUCGAGCUUGUGAUGAUAAACUAAGCUGGUUAAGAAGAACCAUUUCCGGCAGCGCUCCACAAAGCGCUGGGCUAGACAAUAAUUUCCCAUGGCAGGUCUCGUCAUGCUAGAGAUGCUUCCGCGGGCAUGGUUUCUCUUCCUCUUCCCGCUCUUCCUCUUGUUUCGGUAUUAUUAUUGCUUCACUGUGAAUGGGAAGACAGGAAAAGGGCAGCAGCGAGAAAGUCGCCUCCCGCCUUCUCCACCGGUACUGCCCAUCAUCGGACACCUGCACCUCGUCGGCUCUCUCCCGCACGUCUCCCUCCGCGACCUCGCUGCAAGGCACGGCUGCGACGGCCUCAUGCUCCUCCGUCUUGGCGCCGUGCCGGCGCUCGUCGUGUCGUCGCCGCGUGCCGCGGAGGCGGUGCUGCGCACGCACGACCACGUCUUUGCGUCGCGGCCCCGCUCCAUGGUCGCCGACAUCAUCUUGUAUGGCUCAUCCGAUAUCGCCUUUGCGCCAUAUGGCGAGCACUGGCGGCAGGCAAAGAAGCUCCUCACGAACCACGUGUUGAGUGUUAAAAAGGUGGAGUCUCUCCGCACCGUCGCCAUGGAAGAGGUGAGCAUGGUGAUGGCCAAGAUUAAUGAGGCCGCAGCAGUAGGUGGUGUGAUGGACAUGAGCAAGCUUCUCAAGUCAUUCACAUGUGACAUUGCGUGCCGCAUCGUGUCGGGAGAAUACUUCCUAAAAGAAGGACGAAGAAAGUUGUUCCAGGAGCUCACUAGCGAAACAUCACAUCUGCUAGGAGGGUUCAACAUGGAGAAGUUCUACCCAACAUUGGCUAGGGUAGGAGUAGGACUGCUUAAGAAGAACAUUAGUGCAAAGGCUGAGAGAGUGAAAAAUAGAUGGGAUGAUCUGCUGGACAAGGUGAUCGAUGAUCAUGAUAGCAAGGACAAGUCAAUGUUAGAUUACAACUGUGGCAAUUUCAUAGACAUUCUAUUAUCUAUUCAGAUGGAGUAUGGUCUCACAAGAGAGCACAUGAAAGCUCUCCUAAUUGAUGUACUUUUCGGUUCAAUAGAGACGAUGUCUAACACUCUGGAAUUCACAUUGGCUGAGAUCGUGAGGAGCCCCCGCCUGAUUGGGAAGCUACAAGAGGAGGUAAGGAGUAUCAUACCCAAGGGACAAGAACUUGUCAGCGAAGCUGACAUUAACAAGAUGGCAUACCUAAGAGCAGUCAUAAAGGAGUCACUCCGACUUCAUCCUGUUGCGCCUUUACUUGCUCCACACUUGGCUAUGGCUGACUGCAACAUCGAUGGGUACAUGGUUCCUGCUAAGACACAUGUCUUGAUCAAUGUAUGGGCCAUUGGUAGAGACUCUAGCUGUUGGGAAGACGCUGAAGAGUUCAUACCAGAAAGAUUUAUAGAUGAAGGCAGUGAUGUGGGUGUCAAUUUCAAGGGGAAUGAUUUCCAGCUCUUGCCAUUUGGGGCAGGACGCAGGAUGUGCCCUGGUAUAAACCUCGGAAUCGCCACCGUCGAGCUUAUGUUGGCAAACUUGAUGCACCAUUUCGACUGGGAACUGCCGCUUGGGGUUGAGAGAAAAGACAUCAAUAUGACAGAGGUGUUUGGGCUAACUGUGUGCCGGAUGGAGAAACUAUUGUUAGUUCCCAAAUCAUGCAUGUAGCUGGAUGGAUAAAUUCUUCAAAUCUAAGUAUUUUGUGAUACCGGUAUAUUGUUGCGAAAUAAUUAAUGAUGGCAGAGGCGUUGCUCCUCUUAAUGAUGCCAUCAUCCUGGGGCUGUUGACAUCCGAGAUUACCACCCCAUCAGCUUGGUGCGUAGUUUUGGGAAAAAUUCUUUAAAAGCUGAUGGCCAUUGGAGCAAUAAUAUUGUCGAUGUACAAAAGUAGGGGCACACCUUUGUACCCAUUUACUUG